AUGUGCGGCAGACAGGAGUGCAGCAUCCGCGAUGAGGAAGCCUUUGGCAUGCAUCCCAGUUGCUGCGCCUUUGCUGCCCAUGUCAACGACAGCGUUAUGCCCUUGCCAUCGACUCCCGGCCGCCUGCCUAGCCACCUGCCCGUCGAAAUAAAUACCGACAUAACCGCCAACGGGGCCGCAUCGUGGUUUACAAUAUCUCGAAUCUUCGUCGGAAUCACACAAUACACGUUUCCCAUCUCCCACGCAGACGAGCUCCAUCGGGCCGCCCGAAUCCAACACGCACUGGCCCGGCGGCUGUCGGACCUGGCAGAACCACGCUCAAGGGGCUCUGAUACCUGGAUGCGUCCACUGCCAAUGGAGCUGUGGAUGAUGGUGGCAAAACACUUGACGGGCGAGUGCGCGUUUAUUUCCGCCCUGGCGCUGGCCGAUCGCGUGGAUGAUGACCUGAAACUUGAUGUGCGAGAAGUACCGCAGUCUCGAACGUUAGGAGAAGGACACGAUAUGUCACCACAGGAAAUAUGGAAUAAGCCUUUCGAGGAAAUAUCAAAGGACGGACCUGCCAAAGACAUCAGUGAAGACACCACCGGAGACACAAUGAAAGAUGCAUCAGAGGGAGCACCUCGAGACAGCACGGGAACAGUACAAUCUGAAUUACAAUCCACGGCACAACUGGAUGCACAGCUAACCUUCCGGGAAGGGGUAGCUCGCAUUGAUCUAGACAAACCAGUGUAUGCUUCAUUUAUCCUCUACGAGAGGCGAUACUACGUGCAUAGUCUGUUGAGAGCGGAUCCGCAGCUCGCCACGCCGAAUUCCGCCGACAGAACCAUGACGAAGCUGUGCCUUUUAUUGUUUCCCGGGCGUCUGCGAACCAACGCAUCCCGCGUGCGUCUUUUUGUGGCCAGCGACCACCUUGGCGUUCGCUGUGUCCGUUUUUUUCGCCAAGAUGAUGCCGACGACCAAAACAAGAUCACCGCUUGGUGCCGUCACCAAACACAAGUUCUUAGACAUGAAGUCUCUUGGUAUUGCGAGUCCUUGGACCUAAAAGCAGAAGAAUCGGCGGACGGCUGCCCAUUAACACUGAAGAUUCAGAGUGACGGCAUUAAACUGCGCACCAUCUCCAUAUCCAGAGACCCUGCUGUCCUUGAUGCCGUUGCAGCCGUGCCUGUCUCAGAAGCACAGUUUCUCUGGCCGGUGCCCCUUGUCUUGGCGCCUCAGAUAGGCCAUAUUAUACCGCCCCGUAGACCAUCUCCGAACGAAAGGACCGCGACCGGCCCGUAUCGCAUGUCGUAUGUCAACAUCAAUGCCCCUGGCACCGUUGGUUACUCUGUGGCGUGUGAUGGCGAGUCAAUUUACUCCAUCAUUGCACAUACGCGUGGCGAAGACAGUGAAGCGCUUGCAAGAGCCUAUAAUAUGGAAUCUGGGCUCGCCUACUGUUCCUGGGUGUACAUGCCACUCGCGCCAGGAGAGACCAUUGUUGGCAUCUACCGGCGUCUGGCGUAUUAUGAGUGGCCCAGUCCUGACCCGAUGAGUAGUCUUGGGCUUGUGUUUCAGACAAACUAUGGACGAACACAGGAAUUCGGGGCUUUCUGGGGCAACUACCUGCAACGCUCAAAUAUAUGGUGCCUCGCCCGUCUUCGGAACGGCCAUUGUUGUCGUAUGUUUUUCAACCGUCUCGACGAGCACCGCGUCCGGCUCACAAUACAGUUGACUGCGUUUGACCGUGGGGAGCUUGGCGGCCUCGCAUAUUCUCCACAGGUCGGUGCGGAAGAGAAGCGACCGCCAGCCAUGCUAAAGGACGAGAUGCUGCAUCGUCAAUCACCCUUGUCGAUUGGUCCUUUCCGAGGACCACUGCCGGGCGGCCUGUAUUCAUCAUGCUCAUUGGAAAAUGUUGCAUCGAUUCGGCUUUGCAUUGAACCGACUGUACCGCACCGUCCGGUCGUCGGUAUGUUGGUCUCCUACGCAGACGGCCGAACCCCUGCAUAUGUCGGCAAGUGGCGCGUUGACUGGGCGGCAGCGGUGGCCGACGAAUUGAAUCCAUGCAUGUCCAGGGUAGACCAAUCGCGGUCUGAUGGUCUGCACAUUUGCCACCGACGAUUUCAGGCCAGUCGGUUUCCGCAUUGGUCAAAACGGACAGUAGGCCUCUACGACGGCUAUUAUGUUGCCGCCGUCGCAUCUUGUGCACCAGACAAUGUAAGUGAGAGUGAAAGAAGUCGCGCCGAUUUCUUCGAUGACGAUUGGUUCAAGGACAAAUGGACAACAGUACCGUGGCGUGGCGUCCUUGAGUGGUGGUUCAGUCUGCGCAGGACAUAUUUGUAUCAUAAUGGCAUCGAGCUUCAAGGGGCAUAA